CAAUCUUAAGGGGUCAAUUGAAGGCUUAAAGUCUGACCUUGGAAGGACCGCGAAUGGCCAACAUUUGGAAGCAUUAAACUCGAUUAGAGAGACUCGAGAUGAAAAUAUACUAUUUCAUACACAAGCAGCACAGCGGGCUACUGAGAAUCAUUCCUUGGUCUACGGAGAACUGGGGAGCCUACAAUCGUCAAUGAAUGCUAUGACCACAAACCUUCAGCACAUCCAAAUCCAACAAUCGCAGACUUUGGAAUCCCUUGCCCAUGCUAAAGUAGAGAACUCGACGUUUUUUGCGACAGUAACCCAGCAACUUCCUUUAGAAAACGACUCCAGUACCCUAGCCAACGCAUUCCAGCCCCUAUUGGAGCAAUACAAGGACGAAUUUCUAGCAGGAGUUAAGAAGGAGUUCCGAUCAGCGGCCCGGUCUGCGUGGGAUGACAUUCUUCGAGAAGCACCCGCCGCGAUCGACAAAAUGCAGCAUCGCGGCAAGACGGCUCAACGAGUUUCCGAGCGUGUAGCGAACGAGGAUGAAGAGACGACCGAAAGAGACCUACAUACCCCCGAUCGGUAUAAGGCUACCUUAGCAGAACCGAGCCCAUUGUCCCUUGAGAGGCCGAUUCUUGGCCGGCUAGAUAGGAAAAACGCAAUGAUGCUUUACGAGAAUGAGUCGAAGUGGAAAACAAGACUGGGAUCCCUGACGAUUACCAUACGAAAUAGAGUCUAUUUCAACGAAGUCGGGCCCCCGAUAAAAAGUUACGAAUUUGCAGCGAGAUUUAACCUGUCAUCAAGUUGGAUGUCUACAGGCUUCUCGAUGACGUACGAAAAUAAAACCGAUGCGAGGGGAAGCCCAGAAUUCGGUCUUAAGUGGAAGACAUACCGCGUUAUUCCAAAAGACCACGAGGUAUUCGAGGCGAUAGGAGCCCACGACAUCCGUACUGUUCAGAACAUAUUGGCGCAAAAGCUUGUUACACCUUCAGAUAGAGGUUCGGAUGGAUGGCCGUUACUCAUGUGGGCCGUAUUAGCAGGCAGUUUGGAUAUUUGUAAAGCACUGGUACAGAGUGGUGCAGAUAUCAACGCAUGUAAUAAUGAGUAAGUGAUAUAUUAUAACUGAUUGUCAUUUUAUUGCUCUAACAUCCCUCACCCGUAUCAGCAACGCGAAUGCUCUAAGCAUAGCAUCUUCAAUGGUUUUUUCAACCAAGAAUACCCAAG